AUGUACCUUCGUGGCCGACCAGUAGUACUUUAUGCUCCAUCAAACUUAGUUGAUACCUAUGAUGUUGUAAAAGUUGCAGCACCGCCCCAACAGAAGCUAGAGUUGGAAUGGGUUCUGGCUCUACACCCUGAGCGGAUGCAACUGGCUAGUGGACAAGUCGGUGGACACGAUGGAAGGGCCCAUAUCAGGGUGUGGGAUUCCAUCACUCUUGCCACUCUUGCUGUGAUUGGUCUUGGGGAAAUUCAUGCUUCAGUAGCAUGUCUUGCAUUCUCUAAAACGGAUGGUGGUAAGUACCUUUGUGGGAUUGACGAUUCUAAUGAACACAACAUUUCAAUCUGGGACUGGGAAUCAGGUGAUGAAGGUGUCAAAGUUGCAGAAGUUAAGGUAAAAUAG